GUCCGUGGGAUUCCCCUCCUCCCCCCCUUCGGGCGCGUUCGCACGCUCCCUCAGGCAUGAUGCUCAAGAUGCUGCCGUUCAAGCUGCUGCUGGUGGCCGUGGCUCUCUGCUUCUUCGAGGGGGACGCCAAGUUCGGAGAGAGCGGCGCCCGGAGGAGAAGGUGCCUCAACGGGACCCCGCCGCGGCGGCUGAAGAAGCGCGACCGGCGGCUGCUGUCCCCGGAGGCGCCGGGCGGCGCGGAGGCGAUGUGCCGCGGCCUCUACCCGCGCCUCUCCUGCUGCUCCCGCGCCGACGCGCAGGGGCUGCUGCACGCCGGGGCCAAGAUACUUUCCGUCACGAACAACACAGAAUGUGCGAAGCUACUGGAGGAAAUCAGAUGUGCACACUGCUCACCUCAUGCCCAGAAUCUUUUCCACUCACGUGAGAAAGGGGAAACUUCUGAAAGAGAACUAACUCUUCCCUACUUGUGCAAAGACUAUUGUAAAGAAUUCUAUUAUACUUGCAGAGGUAACUUACCAGGUUUUCUCCAAACUACAGCUGAUGAGUUUUGCUUUUACUAUGCAAGAAAAGAUGGUGGUGUAUGCUUCCCAGAUUUUCCAAGAAAACAAGUGCGAGGGCCAGCUUCUAACUCCCUGGACCACAUGGAGGAAUAUGACAAAGAGGAAGAGAUCAGCAGAAAACACAAGCACAACUGCUUCUGUAUUCAGGAAGUCAUGAGUGGACUGAGGCAGCCUGUUGGAGCAGUACAUUGUGGGGAUGGAUCUCAUCGCCUCUUCAUUCUUGAGAAAGAAGGAUAUGUGAAGAUUUUCAGUCCUGAAGGAGAUCUGAUCAAGGAACCUUUUUUGGAUAUACACAAGCUUGUUCAAAGUGGAAUAAAGGGAGGAGAUGAAAGAGGACUGUUAAGCCUUGCAUUCCAUCCCAAUUACAAGAAAAAUGGAAAGCUGUAUGUGUCUUAUACCACCAACCAAGAACGGUGGGCUAUUGGACCUCAUGAUCACAUCCUUAGGGUGGUAGAAUACACAGUAUCCAGGAAAAAUCCACAACAAGUUGAUAUAAGAACAGCAAGAGUGUUUUUAGAAGUAGCAGAACUACAUCGAAAACAUCUAGGAGGGCAGCUUCUGUUUGGCCCCGACGGCUUCUUAUACGUUUUCCUUGGAGAUGGCAUGAUUACUCUCGACGAUAUGGAAGAAAUGGAUGGUUUAAGUGAUUUUACAGGUUCUGUGUUACGCCUCGAUGUAAAUACUGACCUGUGCAGUGUCCCUUAUUCCAUACCACGGAGCAACCCACAUUUUAAUAGCACAAACCAACCUCCUGAAAUUUUUGCACAUGGACUCCACAAUCCAGGCCGAUGUGCUGUGGAUCACCACCCUGCAGAUGUAAACAUCAAUUUAACUAUACUUUGCUCAGAUUCAAACGGAAAGAACAGAUCUUCUGCAAGAAUCUUACAGAUAAUAAAGGGUAAAGACUAUGAAAGCGAGCCUUCACUUUUAGAAUUCAAACCAUUCAGCAGCGGAGCCCUGGUCGGUGGAUUUGUCUAUCGAGGUUGCCAGUCUGAAAGGCUCUAUGGAAGUUACGUAUUUGGAGACCGCAAUGGAAAUUUUUUAACGCUGCAACAGAAUCCUGCAACUAAACAGUGGCAAGAGAAACCCCUCUGUCUUGGCAACAGCGGAUCAUGUAGAGGUUUCUUUUCAGGCCCUGUCUUGGGAUUUGGUGAAGAUGAACUAGGCGAGAUUUACAUAUUAUCAAACAGUAAAAGCAUGACACAGACUCACAAUGGAAAACUCUACAAGAUCAUUGACCCAAAAAGGCCUUUAGUUCCUGAAGAAUGCAAAAGAACAGCUCAGUCGGCACAGAUACUGACAUCUGAAUGCUCAAGGCACUGUCGGAAUGGGCACUGCACUCCUACAGGAAAAUGCUGCUGUAAUCAAGGCUGGGAAGGAGAGUUCUGCAGAACUGCGAAGUGCGACCCAGCGUGCCGACAUGGAGGUGUCUGCGUAAGGCCUAAUAAAUGCUUAUGUAAAAAAGGCUAUCUGGGCCCCCAGUGUGAACAAGUGGAUAGGAACAUCCGAAGAGUUACAAGGGCAGGUAUUCUCGAUCAGAUCCUAGACAUGACAUCCUACUUGCUGGAUCUAACCAGCUAUAUUGUAUAGUUUUGGGGACUGUUUGGAAACUACACUUUCAACGGGCAUUUGUUUUGAAUCCUAUCAUUUUUUAAAGACUGUUAUCCUGCAACAAAUACCAGUGAUUUGAUUUACUUUAUUAAUUUAAAUAUAAUAUUCAGAAAUGUGCAGAUAA